AGAGGAAAGAGUGCACGCUGUUCGUGCGCGCUCCCGCCGCCGCUCCAUCCCACGGUCACACACUUUGCGUCGUCCCGUUCGCUGACGGGAAACAUCCCACGGCACGCAAAGAUGACCAUCAACAGUCUGGCGAGGGGAGGCUCGCACCGGGAACAAAUGGCAUGCUUUCGCAAGAUGGAGAAGGUGAUCGUGGCCAUGCAGGAUCCUGAUAUGGGCGUCAAGAUGAGGAACCAGAGGCUCCUGAUUACGGUGAUCCCGCACGCCAUGACAGGACGUGACAUCAUCCAGUGGCUCGCUCACAAAUACAACAUAUGUGAGGAAGAGGCUCUGCAUCUGGGUGGCAUGCUGGUGAGGUAUGGCUACAUGUACCCUCUCAAGGAGCCACGAUCCCUGGUGCUGCAUCCCGAUGAGACGCCUUACCGCUUCCAGACCCCAUACUUCUGGACCAGCACUCGGUGGCCUGCCUCUGAGCUGGACUACGCCAUCUUCUUGGCUAAAAAGAACAUCAGAAAACAAGGAGAGCUGAUGGAGUACGAAAAGGAGCGGUACAGUUUGUUGCACAAGAGGAUCAACCACACCUGGGACUUUGUGGUGAUGCAAGCCAGAGAGCAACUCAGAGCAUCCAAACAAAGGCGGAAGGCGGACCGUAUUGUUCUAGAGUGUCAGGAGCAAGCGUACUGGCUCAUCAACAGACCUCCGCCCGGCGUGCCUAAUGUGCUGGACAUGGGACUUGCACGGCCCAAAAACUACAAUUUACAAGUUGUGCUGAAUAGUGACUUCUACAAAAGAGAGAUUGAUACGUGUAAGAGGGCCCUGGGAAGAAACCGUGUCAAGUCAUCCAUCUGCCUGGAAGGUUUCAUGAAAUUCAGCGAGCAGUACCAGACCCACGACCCAAUAAUGCAGGGUUGUCUUCCCAGUAACCCCUGGAUCUCUGAUGACACCGCACUUUGGAGCAUGAACGCAGAAAUGGUGCCCGUCCCCACUCGUCUCCGUGUGGAACGCUGGAGCUUCAGCUUCAUGAAACUUCUCAGUGACACCAUGGGGAGGCGGGAAUUCAUGACUUACCUUGAGAAAGAGUUCAGCGCGGAGAACUUGUGUUUCUGGCAGGCCUGCGAGGACAUCAGGCAUGGAGAAAGUUCCAAGAUCGUGGAGAAGGUGGGAGAAAUGUACAAAAACUUCCUGGCCCCUGGAGCUGCUCGCUGGGUGAAUAUUGACAGUAAAACCAUGGACAAGACCUUGGAGGGUAUCCAGCAGCCGCAUCGCUUUGUCAUGGACGAUGCACAGCUGCACAUCUACUUCCUCAUGAAGAAGGACUCUUAUCCCAGAUAUCUUAAAUCCGACCUUUACAAGAACAUGCUAGCCAGAGCUGUCAUUCCGCAGGAGACCAAAAAAAGCGUGUUCCCCUUCAUGAGGCGACAACGCCACUCCAGCCCCUCCCCCGCUCAGGCCGCCACCCACGAAGACGGGCACGCCAAGGGGUCCCGCGGACAGGCGGGCACCAGCUCCGCGGCCGUCUGACGCCUGACCGAAAAAGGCAUAAAAAAAAAAAAAACACCGUGGUUUCAAUUUGUGUUAGUGGUCGCCGUGGUAACGAUCAAAGAAGGUGAACUAUGCAACGACUGACGCUUUUCUCUCUCUCUGUUGAAUAAAAAUACCUAACAGGGUCUUUCCAGAGCGAGUCAUAUUCCCAAAGUACCAGCAGUUGGCAAAAGAGAUUUUAGCGCUUUAGCAAUUUAGUAUUUAUUGUUAGUACCCUAAAAGCUAAUUUUGUGCUUUAAAUUGAUUGACUCUUGACUCAUUGGUCUCCAUCCAUUUGACUGAUUUUAUGGGAAAUGGUAGUUCCCAGAGCAAUAUAAGUGUACAUUUUGUCAUUUUUAUGUCUCAGCAUGUUCGUGUGUAUUAUUGAUGCUUUUCUUCAUUCUAGGCUGUCAUAUCUGCAAUAAAAUUAUCAUUAUUAGAGACAAGAAGACAAAUGUUGUCAUUUGACUGAUUUUAUGGGAAAUGGUAGUUCCCAAAGCAAUAUCAGUGUACGUUUUGUAAUUUUAUGUCUCGGCAUGUUUGUGUGUAUUAUUGAUGCUUUUCUUUAUCAUAGGUUGUCAUAUCUGCAAUCAAAUUAUCAUUAUGAGAGACAAGACAACAAAUGUUGUCAUUUGACUGAUUUUAUGGGAAAUGGUAGUUCCCACAGCAAUAUUGGUGUACAUUUUGUCAUUCUAUGUCUCGGCAUGUUCGUGGGUAUUAUUGAUGGUUUUCUUCAUCCAAGGCUGUCAUAUCUGCAAUAAAAUGAUCAUUAUGAGAGACAGGAAGACAAAUGUUGUCAUUUGACUGAUUUCAUGGGAAAUGGUAGUUCCCACAGCAAUAUCGGUGUACAUUUUGUCAUUUUAUGUCUCGGCAUGUUUGUGUGUAUUAUUGAUGCUUUUCCUCAUUCGAGGCUGUCAUAUCUGCAAUACAAUUAGAUUAUGAGAGACAGGAAGACAAAUGUUGUCAUUUGACUGAUUUUAUGGGAAAUGGUAGUUCCCAAAGCAAUAUUGGUGUACAUUGUGUCAUUUUAUUCUCUGCAUGUUUCUAUGUAUUAUUUAUGCUUUUCUUCAUUCUAGGCUGUUAUAUCUGCAAUAAAAUGAUCAUAAUGAGAGACAGGAAGACAAAUGUCAUUUGACUGAUUUUAUGGGAAAUGGGAGUUCCCAGAGCAAUAUUGGUGUACGUUUUUUCAUUUUAUGUCUCAGCAGGUUUCUGUGUAUUAUUGAUGCUUUUCUUCUUUCAAGGUUGUCGUAUCUGCAAUAAAAUUAUCCUUAUAAGACAGGAAGACAAAUGUCAUUUGACAGAUUUUAUGGGAAAUGGUGGUUCCUACAACAAUAUAGGUGUACAUUUUGUCAUUUAAUGUCUCGACAUGUUUGUGUGUAUUAUUGAUGCUUUUCUUCAUUCUAGGCUGUCGUAUCUGCAAUAAAGUGAUCAUUAUUAGAGCCGAAAAGACAAAUGUUGUCAUUUGACUGAUUUUAUGGGAAAUGGUAGUUCCUACAACAAUAUAGGUGUACAUUUUGUCAUUUUAUGUCUCGGCAUGUUUGUGUGUAUUAUUGAUGCUUUUCUUCAUUCAAGGCUGUCAUAUCUGGGAUAAAAUUAUCAUUAUGAGAGACGAAAAGACAAAUGUCAUUUGACUGAUUUUACGGGAAAUGGUAGUUCCCAGAGCAAUAUCGGUGUACAGUUUUGUCAUUUUAUGUCUCGGCAUGUUUCUGUGUGUUAUUGAUGCUUUUCUUC